UGCAGCGUAGGUGUACGCAAUCGGUACGGUGUACAUCGUUUGUCACGUGUCGCUUUCUUCACCUUUUAGCCAAAUAACCGACGAAUGUAAUCAUGUACUGCACUUAAUAUGAAUGCGAACGGGAGACGGCCCUGUAUUGUAUGUCACUCGCGUCGUUACCACUGCCAUCUAUAGAGGUCAAUGACGUCACUUCAUGAAAUAAGGGCAUCGACUUCCGGUUUGUUCAAGGAGCAGUGAUUGUCUUGUAUUUAGACUGAUUUUGAUAGUACUGGUGUAAACAAUGCUCAAUAUGGAAACGGACAAGAUCAUGGAAGACAGCAAUUCCAGUACUCAGUACCCAAUGACGAUACUCUAUGAUCCUGCACGGAAGAAAGAACCAUCACCACAGUAUGUGACUGAAAGAGAAGUGUGCUUAAAGAUGUUUGAAAAAUGGAGCGAACAAGAUCAAGUAGAAUUUGUGGAGCACUUGCUCUCACGCAUGUGCCACUAUCAGCAUGGCCAUAUAAAUACAUAUUUGAAACCCAUGUUGCAGAGGGACUUCAUUUCACUUUUACCAAAAAAAGGUCUGGACCAUGUUGCAGAAAAUAUACUGUCUUACCUGGAUGCAGAGUCACUGAGCUCUGCUGAAUUAGUUUGUAGAGAAUGGUACAGAGUUAUUUCAGAAGGGAUGUUGUGGAAAAAAUUAAUUGAAAGGAAGGCAAGAACAGAUUCCCUGUGGAGGGGGUUGGCUGAAAGGAGAGGCUGGAUACAAGACUUGUUCAAGCCCAAGCCUGGUGAAAGCCAUCCUAAUCACUCAUUUUACCGAUCACUGUAUCCCAAAAUUAUUCAGGAUAUUGAGAGUAUAGAAAACAAUUGGAGAAUGGGAAGACAUAACCUGCAGAGAAUUAACUGCAGGUCGGAGAACUCUAAAGGUGUAUACUGUUUGCAGUAUGAUGACCACAAGAUAGUAUCUGGUCUAAGAGACAACACAAUUAAAAUAUGGGACAGAAGUACACUGCAGUGCACAUCGGUCCUGACAGGUCACACAGGUUCUGUAUUGUGCUUGCAGUAUGAUGAUAAAGUCAUCAUCAGCGGCUCAAGUGAUUCAACAGUUAGAGUAUGGGAAGUAGAAACAGGUGAAAUGGUGAACACAUUAAUACAUCAUUGUGAAGCUGUGCUUCACUUAAGGUUCAACAAUGGAAUGAUGGUUACUUGCUCCAAGGAUCGCUCCAUCGCUGUUUGGGACAUGACGUCUGCAACGGAAAUCAUGCUGAGGCGUGUGUUAGUAGGUCAUAGGGCAGCUGUGAAUGUUGUAGACUUUGAUGAAAAAUACAUAGUGUCGGCUUCUGGUGACAGAACUAUUAAAGUGUGGAAUACAUCAACGUGUGAAUUUGUGCGGACUCUUAACGGUCAUAAACGAGGAAUUGCGUGUCUACAGUAUCGAGAUCAUCUUGUUGUCAGUGGGAGUUCUGAUAACACCAUCAGACUUUGGGACAUUGAAUGUGGAGCCUGUUUACGUGUUCUUGAAGGCCACGAAGAAUUGGUUAGGUGUAUUAGGUUUGACAGCAAAAGGAUUGUCAGCGGUGCAUACGAUGGGAAAAUUAAGGUCUGGGACUUGGUAGCUGCCUUAGAUCCUCGUGCUCCUGCAAGUACGUUGUGCCUACGAACUCUUGUGGAACAUACGGGAAGAGUCUUCCGCCUCCAGUUUGAUGAGUUCCAAAUUGUUAGCAGCUCUCAUGACGACACCAUUCUAGUAUGGGAUUUCCUGAACUGCAACCCGCCAGAAGGAACGCCCCAGCAGCAAACGUCUAUGGUGCACGUUGACAUCCGCUCUCCAACACGCACGUACACUUACAUCUCAAACUUUUGAGUGACGUUCCUUCAGUGUAACUGAUUUCCUCUGUGAUAAACGGAAAUUCUGCUGUAACAUGGUGGACAGCAGAAAUUGUUUGCACCGUCGGUGUUACCACGAGCAUCAGAAGGAAUACCUUAGUGGCAGUGUGUUGCUGAGGUGGUGUGCUGUAAUGGUCUGCUGCAUGUGUACUCUUUGUGAGGAAUAACUUCAGGUUGCAAGAUGUGCUCAUGCAUACACUAAAGGCUUUAUAAAAUUUUGUAAAAUAUGAAUUACGGACUUCUGGCAAACUGUUGCGCAGUGAACUAAAAAAUGGACAAGCCACCAGUUCAUCAAGUGAAUAUGUAUUGUGCAGCAUGCCUUCUGUGGAUUGGUGGUACUGAAACUAUUCUUAGCUGCAUCACGCUAGUGAAAACUUUCCAUAAAUUGUAAUUCAUUGUGAUAUGGGAAAAAGUUUUAUUUAUUACAAACAGACCUAACAUGUGCACUAUUUGACUAAGGAAACUGUUCAGCUAGUGAGCUGUGGCGACCUCAAUGUUCGAUAUUUUUUUCCUAAGAAAAAUAUGCAAUUCAUACGAACAUCUUUGAGUGGAAAUUGUGCAGAAAGUAUUAUUUAUAGGUAGGUGCACAUUUAUUGCAAGUGACAAUGUAGUGCUUUCGUUAAAUUGUAUAUUGUACUUUAAUCAUGCCUUUAGACCGCAAGAGCAGGACAGUGUCUGUUAACAGGCUUUGAAGGCUCUGUUGUUUUAUAGGCCUAAAACACUGCUAUGCAGUGUUAGAAGACUAGCUGUGUUGUAUAUCUGUAAACUAGUGCUUGAUAUUGUAUUAUAUUAAAUUGCAUUCCACAUGCAAAUUGUUGUUGUUUUUGUGUGAGUCAUCUGCAGUUUUUGACAUAGGAAAAUAAAAAGUUUUUACAAAUGUUUUGAUGUGGAAUAGUUAAAUAGAAAAUGUUUCCUUCACCUUCGAUUUGUGACAUCAGUGUAGUUGUACAUGAAUUGUCCUCUGCUGUUUCAUGCCACUUUUUUACAUAAAAAAAUGACUUUGCAUAGAACUCUAGAUAGAUUUUGCAGAAAUUUUUUGCAAAUUUUCAAUUUUUGAGGAUGGUACAUUUGCAGAAAGGUUAGAACAAAUUGCCAUUAGGAGUAGGUCCUCAGUAAGAGACUGCACCUGAUGUAAUGUUAUUAUCAGCUUGUAUUGUCUUGUUUUAUUUUUUUUAUAAGAUCUGUCUUGCCAAUGGUGCAUAUUAUAUGCUUUGGAGCUGCUGUCACAGGCUGAAGCAUUACAGGUGUGAAAAAUGGUAACUUUUUAAGGAGGUAUAAUCACCCAUCUUUGUAAUAUAGCUUUAUAUUUCACUUCAUUCUACUUUGUUCCUGUAUUUUAAAAUUAGACUGAAACUUAAUUUUCGUGUGAUAAUUUUUUUUACUUUACUCUUUAUCUACGUAUUUGUUGAGGUUCUCCCUUUUUAUUGAGCUCUGUUACAUAGUAUAUUUAUGGUAUCAUGUUAGAAUUUGACAAUUAAAUACAGAUAGGCUGCUAUGUCACAUUCUGCAGAGACAUGAAAUUUAACUGCUGGAUGCCUGUGAUAAAGUGGAUGAAUUUUGUUAUUAAUAAUCUGUAACAGCUUCUCUGCAUUGUUUGACGCAGUCUUUUUAAGGCACAAGAAUUUCAUUGUUCUUAUGUUAUUGUGUUGAUAAUGGCAUGAUCUCACGAGAUGCUAUCUAGAUUGAUGUAAAGCUGAAUUUUUGGUUUGGAUAUUUGAUUCAAACAUCUUGAGUGAGAGACUGUAUCUAUUAGAUAUGGCUAAAUGCACUUCAGUUUGUAUGUAUAGCUUAAUUAUAUUUGCUUUUCCUGUAAUAGGAUUGCAUUGUAGUGACUGAGCUGCCUUCAUUCUAAGGUGGUCAAGGAUCUUGUAAAGAUAAGAACCUAGGCUUGCGUGGUGUUACAUAGCAAUAUUUCAGAGCACACAAUUUAAUGUUGUUUUACAUUUUGUACUAUUUUAUUGCUUCUGUUGAGUUUUGACUGUGAAAAUUGAAUGAAAUUGAGAAUUCAGCCUGAAAACAGUCCAGAUAUGUACAUGUGUGUCAUGGUGUGCAUUAAAUUUUUUAAUGACAACAUAUAAA